AACCUGACCCUCAUACAAGCCUCACUCUUUCUCUGUCUGUAACUUGGAAGUUGGAACCACCAAACUCAACUCAUCUCAGCAUGAAUUCUCUUUCUCUUUCUCUUGCUAUGCUUCUUCUCCUCCUCUGUGUUUCUGUGCAUGCAUGCUCCGCCCGUUCUCUUUAUCCUAGUCUUACUAAAAAAGACACCCCACAUAAGGAAUUAGACAAGCUCAAAUUAUUGGAGGCAUUAACUGCAUCCAGUACUGUGAAGAAUUACAAACUAGAGGAGAAUCAACCGCAGCAACAGAAAGUCGCAAAUAAUGAAAUAAACACUUAUGAGAGUUGUAGCGGUGCAUCAUCUACUUUGAAGGAAACGAUAGUAGAGGCAGCUUCAGUAAACAUAAUACCAAGUGACGGUGGUGAGCAUGCAACUGGGACAUCUUUUCAAAUGGAUUCGCCAUCCUUUCUUGCAACCCAGGAUGAGAGGAGGCAUGCCCGGUCAAUGCUGGGACCUGCUGAGCACAACGAUGAAGAAACAGUGGUUACAAAGACCAGUGACACCGAAGAGGACAUAGUCGAGAUGGAUUAUGCUCAACCCCAUCGGAAACCACCCAUUCACAAUGAAAAGCCUUAAUUGACUCCAUGCAUAUAUGCUUAUUUAAUUACAAUCUUUAUUUUCCAACAAUGCUUGAUGCCAUGUAGUUUUUGCCUUUCGAAGGAUGUCCGACAAUGUUGAGUUAUUUGCUUUCAAAA